CUCUCCCAGAAACCCUGCAGAAGCCGAAGCCUGACUUUUAUUUUAACCUGUGACGGCAUCUGAGGCAUCGGCGUGACCUGAUGGGAGGGCACACACACUCUUCCUGUUCCUCUGGGUGCUGUGGUUUCCUGCAGCAGUGUGAGGACGGCCCGCAGGCUGCAGCAGCGUUUGCAGAAUGUCGGUCUCUCCGGGACUCGUCCUCCUGCUGGGGGCCUGGACGGUCCAGCUGGACCCAGGUGUGUGUUCGCUCCGGCUGCCGGACAUCAGCGACAGGCGCUUCGUGGAGGAGUGUGUGAGGCAGCACAAUGCAGCCCGUUCGUCUGUGGAUCCAGCAGCCAGCGACAUGCUCUACAUGAGCUGGGACGAGGCCUUGGCCAUCACCGCCAGAGCGUGGUCAAGACGCUGCGAGUGGGAACACAACCCCCGCCGCUCGCACCCCGACUUCCGCUCAGUCGGGGAGAACCUGUGGGCGGGCUCCUCGCCCUCGUCUUUCAGCGUGAAAAAAGCCAUAGAGCUCUGGGUGAACGAGUCACAGGACUACAGCUUCCAGCGGAACGACUGCCGCGGCGUCUGCGGCCACUACACCCAGGUGGCGUGGGCGAGCAGCUACAAGGUCGGCUGUGCGGUUCAGUCCUGCCCGAACGGCGUCAAGGGCGUCCCCUGGAAGGAGGGCGUCAUCUUCGUAUGCAACUACGCCCCGGCAGGGAACGUCAACGGAGGACGACCGUAUCAGACCGGAGGCGCGCCCUGCUCCCGAUGUGACGGAUACUGUGCGGACAAACUCUGCCGCAGCAAAGAAAGAGACGUGGAGAAAAGAUACAGCCGGACUCCAGACGGCGACUCGGCUCCGACCUCCGGCUACGUUUCCAUAGUAACCGUCCGCCCCAUCGCCCUCGUCCUCACCUUCGCGGCAGCGUUCGCCGUGCGCUACUUCUACCCCGACGUCUUCUGCUAUGAAUGAGCUUCAGGGCGUUCAGUCAUCGCCUGGGCCGCCUCGACGCCACCGCCGCCUGCUCUGGGAUCAGAUAAAGCACCCUGGGGGGUUGACUCCAGACCGGCGCCCCCCCUGGAACCUUCACAGUAAAUGUCACGUUUCUUUUUAAAGCUCCGAUUCCGAAGCACAGGAAGUGUGGAAGGUUUGACUCCGCUGCUGGAAACACACAACUAUAAAUAAAACACAAUGGGAAAAACUUU